CUGUUUAUCCCUCCCACCUUCUGAGUUCCAUUGGUUCAAUAACAGAAAUCCAACUCCCCCAAUUUUCCCGCUGUAGAUCUCGUCAUUUUUCCGUUUGUUUCCCGGGAAAAUCAAUCAAAGAUGAGAGAAAUCCUCCACAUCCAGGGCGGCCAAUGCGGCAACCAGAUCGGAGCCAAGUUCUGGGAGGUCAUUUGCGACGAACAUGGCAUUGAUCACACCGGCAAGUAUAGCGGCGACUCUGAGCUUCAGCUCGAGCGGAUUAAUGUCUAUUACAAUGAAGCCAGUGGCGGAAGGUAUGUUCCUCGUGCUGUUCUUAUGGAUCUUGAGCCUGGAACCAUGGAUUCCGUCAGAUCCGGACCCUAUGGCCAGAUCUUCCGUCCCGAUAACUUCGUUUUUGGUCAGUCUGGGGCUGGGAAUAAUUGGGCUAAGGGACACUACACCGAAGGAGCUGAACUUAUCGAUUCUGUUCUAGACGUUGUCAGGAAGGAGGCUGAGAAUUGUGAUUGCUUGCAAGGAUUUCAAGUUUGUCAUUCUUUGGGUGGAGGUACUGGAUCUGGAAUGGGAACACUUCUGAUUUCAAAGAUCAGAGAGGAGUACCCAGAUCGCAUGAUGUUGACAUUUUCUGUAUUUCCUUCUCCCAAGGUUUCAGACACAGUUGUAGAACCAUACAAUGCCACUUUGUCUGUUCACCAGCUUGUUGAAAAUGCUGAUGAAUGCAUGGUUCUUGACAAUGAAGCCCUCUACGAUAUUUGUUUCCGGACACUCAAGCUUGCUACUCCAACAUUUGGUGAUCUGAACCACCUUAUCUCUGCUACUAUGAGCGGUGUUACUUGUUGUCUACGUUUCCCUGGACAAUUGAACUCUGAUCUACGAAAGCUUGCUGUCAAUCUUAUUCCAUUCCCUCGUCUACAUUUCUUUAUGGUUGGUUUUGCACCAUUAACAUCAAGAGGAUCCCAACAAUACCGAGCCCUUACAGUGCCAGAAUUAACCCAGCAGAUGUGGGAUGCCAAAAACAUGAUGUGUGCUGCUGAUCCACGACAUGGGCGAUACCUUACUGCUUCAGCCAUGUUCCGUGGCAAGAUGAGCACGAAAGAAGUAGACGAGCAGAUGAUUAAUGUACAAAACAAGAACUCAUCUUACUUUGUCGAAUGGAUACCCAACAACGUGAAGUCCAGCGUCUGUGACAUCCCACCCAAGGGUCUGAAAAUGGCAUCGACUUUCAUCGGUAACUCGACUUCGAUUCAGGAGAUGUUCAGGAGGGUUAGCGAGCAGUUCACAGCCAUGUUUAGGCGCAAGGCCUUCUUGCAUUGGUACACCGGUGAAGGAAUGGACGAAAUGGAGUUCACGGAGGCUGAGAGUAACAUGAACGAUCUGGUCGCCGAGUAUCAGCAGUACCAGGAUGCAACUGCGGAUGAAGAGUAUGAAGAUGAAGAAGAGGAAAUCCCUGCUUGAGCCACCGUCCCCAGCAACGACCUUGGUUUGUUCGAAACUAUAAUUUGCUGUUGUUGACAUUUAUGUUUAAGUUUGUGAUGGUUAUGAUGAUGGUGUUGUUUCCUGUUGUCCAGCAGUUUGUAGAAGCUUUUUACAUGUUUUGAGCUGUAUGGAGUGAGUGAGGGUUCAUGUAAUGUAAUCAGAGCUGGGUUUUGGAUAUAAUAUUUCUUUGUUUGAUUUAGAAUGAUUGAUAUUUGUAUUUAGUAGGUGGGCAUAUUUUAAGUUGGAAAUUUGUUUCAUUGUCUUCUAUCUUGAUAUAAAUUAAACAAUUGUUGCUUGGA